CAGCCAGUCGUGCAGGGAGCGGCAGGCUGCAGGUCUGACUGUGUGUGUGGACAUGAGAGGAAGUCAGAUGUGUUAACCUGGUAGUCUCCCGGUGUACAGGCCGCUGCACAGCAGCAUCUAUCUGAGCGGGACUGCCCGACCGGCCCACUGGCUGCUGUCGCUACUAACGUGGCUAGCUAGCUAGGUAACCUCCACCCGCUAACUUCACCAGUUUAAGGCGGUUCACCAGUGUGGGGAACAGCGGGGCCUCCGGCUAGUACGACUCGGUUUACGGAGCUUAACACUUGGGUUCAUUUUCCGGAGCAACAUCCUGCCGAGAUGGACAACCUGAGUGAAGCCCUGGAGAAGCUGAAGCUAGCGUCCACAGACAGCGCCACUGACAGCGUGGAGAGCUGUCUGGACUGCCUGCUCAAAGCACUCGCCAACAACAACACUGAGGCCAGCAUGAAGAUCCAGGAGAUGGGUGUUCUUCCCUUGCUCCCCACCCUGCUAAGCCCCCAGUCUUCUUGCACCCCUAAAGUAGCCAACAUCAUAGCUGAGUUGGCCAAAAAUGAGUUCAUGCGGAGUCCCUGUGUGGAAGCUGGCCUCAUUCCUCCCCUAAUUCAGCUGUUAAACUCCACCGACCAGGAGGUUUUACUGCAGACCGGCCGAGCUCUUGGCAACAUCUGUUAUGACAGCCAUGAGGGCAGGAGUGCAGUUGACCUGGCAGGAGGGGCUCAGAUAGUAGCUGAACACAUUAAAUCCCUCUCCCAAAAUACUGAGCCGGAAAAUGAGAAGCUCUUGACUGUCUUUUGUGGCAUGCUGAUGAACUAUAGCAAUGAUAAUGAUUCCCUACAAGCCCAGCUGAUCAAUAUGGGUGUGAUUCCCACGCUGGUGAAGCUGCUGGGCAUCCAUUCCCACAACACAGCCCUGACAGAAAUGUGUCUAAUUGCCUUUGGCAAUUUGGCUGAGCUUGAGUCCAGCAAAGAGCAGUUUGCCUCCACCAAUAUCGCUGAGGAGCUGGUGCGUCUUUUCCAGAAGCAGUCAGAGCACGAGAAGAAGGAAAUGAUUUUUGAGGUUUUGGCUCCACUUGCAGAGAAUGAUGUGAUAAAGCUGCAGCUGGUGGAGGCCGGCCUGGUGGAGUGUCUGCUGGAGGUGGUGGCUCAGACUGUGGAUGGAGAGCGGGAGGAGGACAUCACCCAGCUGAAGACAGCCUCUGACCUCAUGGUCCUCCUGCUGCUCGGAGAUGAGUCCAUGCAGAAGUUGUUUGAGGGAGGAAAGGGCAGCGUCUUCCAGAGGGUUCUGUCCUGGAUACCAUCCCACAACCAUCAGCUGCAGCUGGCUGGGGCUCUGGCCAUCGCUAACUUUGCUCGCAAUGACGGGAAUUGCAUCCACAUGGUGGACACUGGCAUUGUGCAGAAGCUUCUAGAGCUGCUGGACCGGCACGUUGAGGAAGGAAACGUCACUGUUCAACAUGCAGCACUGAGCGCCCUGAGGAACCUGGCUAUUCCUGUGGUAAACAAAUCCAAGAUGCUGUCGGCUGGCGUAGCGGACGUGGUGUUGAAGUUUUUGCAAUCAGAGAUGCCUCCAGUCCAGUUUAAACUCCUGGGAACGUUACGUAUGCUCAUCGAUACACAAGCUGAAGCCGCAGACCAGCUGGGAACCAACGGGAAACUGGUGGAGAGGCUAGUGGAGUGGUGUGAAGCCAAAGAUCACGCAGGAGUGAUGGGCGAGUCCAACAGGCUCCUGUCGGCCCUCAUUCGACACAGCAAAUCCAAGGAAGUCGUCAAGACUGUCAUCCAGGGAGGUGGUGUCAAGCAUUUAGUUACCAUGGCAACCAGCGAGCACAUGAUUAUGCAGAACGAAGCACUGGUGGCUUUGGGUCUCAUAGCAGCGCUGGAACUGGUUGCCGCUGAGAAGGACUUUGUUGGAGCUAGCCUGGUGUCAGUGCUUCACAAGCUGCUGUCAGACGAGAGGAGCGCACCAGAGAUCAAGUACAACUCCAUGAUCCUCAUCUGUGCAGUCAUGGGCUCAGAGCCUCUCCACAAAGAAGUCCAGAGCCUGGCGUUCCUCGACGUGGUGUCCAAGCUGAGGGCUCACGAAAACAAGACGGUAUCACACCAGGCGUCGCUCACAGAGCAGCGACUAACUGCCCAGAGCUAAAAUGACUGUGUCCCACCCCACCCACCCACCCACCCAC